UACAGACAUUCAGACAUUCUUUACAGUUAUCUCCCUGGACUUGACCAAAAUGAUCGUGGUCUGGACAAUCGUAGUAGGCUUGCUUAGUCAUUGUGGAGCUGAGAAAUUGCCUAUAGACAAGAAUGACAAGUGGCGAGAGAACGACCUAAUUCUAAAACAAAUUGACAACUUCUAUCUUCAUUUAGCUCUGUAUACAGAAGACAAUUCAAAUCAAGAGAAACGUUUCUACUCCGUAGUGUCUCUCGCUUUGUUCUUCUAUGCUAAAUCAAACGUCACCGAUGUGGCGAGGAGUGUGAAUAAUUCUGCUAAUAUGGCUAAGCAAUAUCUGAACAGAACUUCCGAUGUGAUUGCUGGACCAAUGAGAGCUCUUGUGGUCUAUCUAAACUCUUUGGUGCAACAGCCAAUGACAGACGUUAAAGCAAGCUGCAAACCAGAAACUGAACAAGCAGAUUGCGAUAUCAAAUUACGUGAAAUGCACCAAAAGAACGAACGUAAAUGCAAAGGAUAUUCAAAGAACAUCGAAUUGUAUAAUUUGUUGAAUGAAGACAAAGAUAUAGAACCUCGCAAGAGAUUCCUCAGGGAUUUAAAACGAUCGAGCAUCGGAAACGAUAAAGCAGCAAUAACCUGGUUCCGUGCUGCGGGCAACAAACAUAAAGAAAUAUUUAGUUUCAUGAGAAAGUUAUUCGACAAGUUGUUACGUGUGCACUAUCCUUGUAGAUAUCCUUUGGUUCUUGAAGAGGAUUGAAGAAAUGUUAUUAAAUUUUAUA